AUGCACCUGUUUGUCACCAUGUUAUGCUCACAUGAACCCAUUUCUCUUCGUUGCAUGAAGAUGCUGGCUGUAUACUCCAAGAGCCCAAAUGGGGAAUAUGCUGCGGUAGUUAGGUAUUCCAAGCGCAAUGCCAGUGAAGUUGCUGAAGUUACUGGCAGCUUGGUUGCUUCGGCCGAAGUUUGUCUCAAGAGGGAGGAGGAACUUGUGUCUUUGUGGAACACUCGGGUGCUGCGUUCCCCGAUUGUGAUCUUGCCUGUCAACACUAUCGUUCAGAGUAACCUGAUCCAGAAGCAUGCACAUUCAAUCAUAUUUGCUGAAGAGGGCGGACUUCCUGUUGCUUUUGCGUGUAUUAGCAAGGAGGCUGACCUGAUAUGUGAGCUUCUAAAGCAUCGUGCUGAGCCUACUGAUGGCAUCAUCCAGCAGAGCAGCAUGAUCCGCAUGUGCGCCUUGAGCCUUAUGCACCUACAAGGAUCCCGUGCCAUUGAUGCCGCCGCCGCCAUGGUGGACAAGCUUAUCACCUUCAGCUUUUUCACACGGCACGAGCCUGAGGAAUGCCGCUUGAUUCGCGCCAGAACCUUGGACGUUAUGCUCAGCAUACUGAAAGAGUCUUCCUUUCCUUCUUCCAAGAUGUGGCUUGAUCUAGUGGCUUGGUUUUUAGAAAUAGGAAAUUUGAUCGGCUUAACUGCCGCGGGACGUUCACCCGCUGCCGCAUCCGAACUUAACUUAUAUCCUGCACGGAGGAGUGACUUAACAGCAAAGUCACAGAUUAUAUGGAUUGGGACAAUCGACCCGCCACCCAUUGUUCCCAAGCCACCAGAUCCUCCAAUCAUACCCUCACCUCCUGAUCCACCUCCACCACUCCAGAUAAACACAUCGAACAACACUCUGAUUCUCUCUGAUGCGGACCUUCCGAGGUCUCUGCAAGCUUUGCAGCUCUCAUCAUGUGCUGCCAAAAGCUUUCAUCGCCAACAACAAGAUGCAGUGGACACGUGCCACAAUUUGCUCACGAAAGUUGCGGAUCCCCAGGGGACUGCAGCAGAGAUCAAGCUACAGCCUGUCAGAAUCGAACUUCGGAACGCAUGGAAGCAGAGCUAUGAAGCCAUCAAUGAGCUGCGGAGGCGCGAGCAGAGGAUGCUGUUGCGGGUGCCUUCGGCAGUGCGAGCAGCAUGUGGAGGUGCCGAUCCCGUCGCUGAAGAUAGGCCAGGUGCUCAUCACGAUGGGGGCCACCAGAGUCAACGUUGUCGACUGGAAGUCUCACAACGGCAUCUCGCGGCCCUUCAUGCCCAGGAUGUUCCUGUUCAUCUCUGGUUCCGAUCUAGCAGGAGAAGUCGUGGCGUUGAAGGUGGCUUUGGCGGCACGGCGAGGCAGGUGCGACUGCGACACUAG